AGGGGAAUAUCCGCUUAUAUUCCAACGAAUUUCUAACACUGCCGGCAAACACAUUUAUUAAACAAUUUUAAUUUAACUUGUUUAUGUUUUAUAUUCCACAAUCGCAUAACACCGCAUAAUUAUGUCCUCGGCUGUGGUAUCCACACACUAUAUAUCCGAGAAGGUGGCCCGCGUGCGCUGGCUGCCGGAAGCCCUGCAGCAGAGCGAGCGGUUCGUGACCGGCAGUUGGGACAUGGACAAGAAUUUCGUCCGGCUCUGGAAACUACAGUCGAACCAGCAUGUCAGCGCCACGGGUGGUGAUGAUGUGGAACAGAUACCCCGCUGCAUGGACAAGGUGGCGAUGGAGGAUGAUGUGACCGCCGUGGAGUUUGUGGACAACAACACGCUGGCUGUGAGCUGUGCUGAUGGUCAUCUCAGUUUAAUGAACGUGCAGCGAGCGGUGGAGGAGGAUCAGGUGCAGCGCGUUGCUCGAAGCGGCCAACUGCACUGCUUCCAGCGCAGCCAGGAGCCAGCUCCUUGCACCGACAUUGCCAUCUACGGCACGGAUAUUGCUACCACCGGCGAGGAUGGAUGCGUAAACAUCGUCUCCGCCGAAAAUAUCCGUCUGGUGAAGCGCACCAUAGAGGCGGACAGCAUGGCAUUGUUCUCGCUGUGUUACGUUAGCCAGCAGGAGCUGGUUGCUGCCAACCGCAUGGGAGUAGUACGUAUGUUGGACGCCCGUCUAGCCACAGAGGCGCAACCCAACAUCGGCCUCAUGCUGCCCUGCCGAGAUGACAAGUCCUCGAACUUUGUCUCAUCGAUCACCACACAUCCCAGCCAACAACACAUACUGCUGUGCGGCAGCGAGGAGGGUACAAUAACGGUGUGGGAUCUGCGCAACCUGGAAUACCCAGCAUCCUAUAUUAGUGCCCACGACAGUCCCGUCAAUGAGAUUGGCUUCCAUCGCCAGGACACCACCAAGCUAUUCACCGCUUCCGAAACGGGAGAGGUGUGGAUGUGGUCUGAGAACCGGGCCUACGGAGGCGAUGCCAACUGGAAGGAUGGGAACAGCCCCUGGUUGAGCGGCGACCGGGUUCGUGCGCUGAUCAAUGUGGAGGGCGUCAUCACCGGCACUCGCAAGGCUAUGAAUUCCUUUGAUGUCCAUGGCAGUCGUUUGGUCUGCGGUGGAGACACUGAAGCCGUUUACAUAGUCGAUAAUAUCGCCUGAAUGGAAUACGUUUUGUAAAUUAUUUUCGUACAAUAUAUUAGAACUGGCCGUUA